AUGGAGAGGGGCCUGAUCUCGGUCGACCGGUGGAACGAGGACAGCCAAGCCUACUUCCUCACGCACCUUCACGCCGACCACACCAGGGGACUCUCCUCAGAUUGGGCAAGAGGCCCCGUCUUCUGCUCCCCCGUCACUGCCGCGCUCCUCCCUUCCAAGUUUCCCGGCUUCGAUCUCUCCCUUCUGAGGGUUCUCGAGGUCGGGAAUCCACGAUCGUUGGCGCUCACGUCGCGAGCCACGGGAUCGGAGGUGUCCGUCCGCGUCACCGCCAUAGACUCCUGCCACUGCCCCGGUAUGUUUUAACCGGAUCGAUUUCUUUUCCGCCCUUCGCGAAAACGUUUCAAUUCGAGAAUCCUAAACUAUAUUCUUGAUCUACUCUGAGCUCGUCGGUUUUUUUCUGAUUUCUCUCGAGAGAUGAACCUUUACAUGAUUCAGUGGAUGGGAGGAGAAGAUGAGCAAAACCUUCCUUACUUCUUCUCAAAUGUGAAAUCUCGACUAAUGCCUAAGCAAUUGCCUGGAGAUUGAGAUCGAAUAGUUGCAGGAUGAGAUUGCUCAGAGGAGCGGCAACACCAUCUGUCUGUGGUCGUGCUCACGUGCUUGUUCGUGCACAGGAUCCGUGAUGUACCUGUUCCAAGGGGAUCUUGGAUGCGUUCUGUACAGUGGAGACUUCCGCUGGGAAAUGACAGAUGAGAGGGCCUGGCUCGGGAAGAAGGCCUUGUUGAGCGUUCUUGGAGAGGACACAGUGGACGUCCUCUACCUGGACAACACUUUCUGCAAUCCGACGUUCGACUUCCCUCCUCGUGAAGUUGCUGCUCGCCAGGUCGUCCCUCGCUAAACCCUCGAUGUGAUUCCUCAUCUGGAAUGCGCACCUCUCUUCCUCCAUUGAUUCAGAUGCGAUGCCAUAAGAGAUCGUGUUUCAUCUCCUAACAUCUCGUGCCUAACAGAAGCGUAGAAGAUUCCAUUAGAUGCAUGCUUAGACACUAUGUAUGAACGACUCUUCAUCAACCUCAUGGAUUUUGUGCUCAGGAAAUCCCUCCAUCCCUGCCUGAGAUCCUGAUUUUGGCCUAGAACGGUACCAUGGAUCAGAUUUAGCAUUUACCAAGCAUUCAGAAUCAGCAGUUGUCCCUACCAUGCAGAAGGAUUCGCAUUCAUUUUAUUUCUUCAUGGUAUUCAUAUUGAGAGAUCUUUCUUACUAAAGUCAACGCCCAGGCGACUUCACACCUUUUAUGCAAUCUUAUCUUCCCAGGUAGUCGAUAUCAUCAGUUGCCAUCCCAACCACGACAUUGUCAUCGGGAUCGACACGCUCGGGAAGGAGGAUCUCCUGGUUCAGAUCUCAGAGGUUACGAACACCAAGGUUUCCUCUUCACCUUGAACCCUGCUCCUAACCCCCCUUCCUUGUCGCACCCUCCUACUGAUUCACUGGUUCACCAUCAUGCGGAGGAAGAUAUGGGUAUGGCCGGAGCGACUGCAGACGAUGCACCUUCUCGGCUUGGACCGUAUCUUCACCACCAAGACCCAGCUCACCAGAGUCCGAGCCAUUCCCCGCUACAGCUUCACCGUGGACACCCUUACGGCACUGAACAGCGUCCACCCCACCAUCGGGAUCAUGCCUUCCGGCCUCCCCUGGUCGCCCAAGCCCGACGACGGCUCCUCUCUCGGCCUGCCCCCUGCCAAGAGCCUCAAGCCCAGAGAGGACCCCAUCGGCUGCGGCGGAAGACGGAGGAACCAUCCGGAAAGGUGCCACCCCUUCAUCUACUCCGUUCUCUACUCUGCCCAUUCCUGUUACCAAGAAAUCGGAGACUUCAUCAAACUAGUGCGGCCGUCGAAGGUGACCGGCACUGUGCCCUCCUCCUUCUGCUACGUCAACCCUUGGCACUUCUUCGGCCACCUCUGCACCUCCGAUCGCCCAUCCGACGGCGGCAGCCCUCCGGCGAAAACAAGGAGGAGCGAAGCCGCUCCUCCUCCAGCCAGUGAAGAGAGCAGGCGGGACCCUCUGAAGGGCGUCCGAAGGAGCAGGGCGAGCCUGCUGAGAAAAUACCACAGCGGCGCCAAGAUCUCAGAUUUAGCGUGA